GGCAAGAUAAUAAACCGAAGUAGCUCUGUGAUGCAUCCAUCAGGGUAUGAAUGUGUGUGAAUGUUAGAUAGCAAGCAGUUCUGCAUAGAAAUAGUGCUUGUAUAACUGGCUGUGAAUAGGUGAAUUAAGCAUGUUGUUUAUAAAGCACCUUGCUUCAGGACAGUAUAAAUGUUCCAUAUAUCAAUCAGUGUUAGACAUGUUGUUUAUAAAGACAAAACAUGAUUUGAUUAGAUUGACAUGUGACACUGCAAGGCAGUGGUUUAUAUUGUUGCCUCACAGAUAUGUGUACCCUGUGUUCUAAUCCACUAGACCUAUUUUAGGCUCACUAAAAUUUGACAGCUUAAAAUAGGAUCAUAUUUGCCUGUGUGUUCUUACUGGGAGUGUGCAUGGUUUCACUGUGCCUUUGUGAGUUUAUAGGUGCGAUUGUGAGUGGAAACAGUUAUCUGUGUUAGCCCCACACAGGAUGUACCCCACCUCUUUCAUGAUUAGAGCUGGGAUAGAUUCAACAUGUCAUAUCCCUCACCUCGAACUGACCUUGAAUUGGGGAAAAUCCCAGACUGAUUACAUAGGAACAACUGAGGACCCAGCCUUUUGAAAUGAAAGAAGAAAAAGGGUGACCACAUAUUGUGAAGUCAUGAGAGGCUCAGCGAGCAUGUGAAGAUGUCCCAGAAGGCAACUAAAAUAUGGUGGCCUAGGCUUCUCCCAGUUCUCCUGUUCUUCGUCACCUUUGUCAUGUUCUACUGUUCGUAUGCCUUGAUUCAGAGCUAUGGAGGCACCAGCAAGUCUCCCAGCAGUAGCAAGUCGCUGUGUGGUGGCUGGCUAACCCAGAAGAAAUGGGAGAGCCUUAACUUUAACAUUAGCAGACGGACGCAGCUCUUUAUGAAAAUGGAGGAUUUCUUUUGGCGGCAGCAUCUGUCAGAUCUGGCAUUACCUUAUGGCAUUAAGGGCAGUGAGCUGCUGCUACUGAAAGUGCUUGCUGUAACUACAAAUUAUCACGUGCCAGCCAACAUUGAAAACCUUGAGUGCAGAACUUGUGUAGUCAUAGGUAAUGGCUUUGCCAUUAAAAACAGCUCCCUGGGAAGCAUCAUCAAUAAAUACGAUGUGGUCAUUCGGUUGAAUGAUGCCCCGGUAAGAGGCUAUGAGGAAGACGUGGGGAACAAGACCACCAUGAGGUUCUUCUACCCUGAGUCAGCUUUCUACAACCCUGGACUGGACAAUGAGCCUGACACCCUUAUGGUCCUGGUGCCUUUCAAACAGCAAGAUCUACGGUGGCUCAAAGAGAUCCUCUACAAUGAGAAGAGGGUACUGGAUGUCAGGAAAGGCUUUUGGAAGCCCCCUCCUCAAAUUUGGUUGGGUGAUGCCAGUAAAGUUAGAGUGCUGGACCCACACUUCUUGCAUCAGACUGCAGUCAAGCUGCUAAAGAUCAAUUUUCACCCCAAGAGCAAACAGAUCCCAGUGCAUCCCACUACGGGUAUACUUGCCAUUUUUGUUGCUCUCAACUACUGUGACGUGGUCCACGUUGCUGGAUUCGGAUACCCUCGCUCAAAGAGCCAACAGCAGCAGCCGAUCCAUUACUAUGGAUAUGCCACCAUGAAGUCUAUGAAGAAUUCUUACCACGACCUUAAUCAUGAAGCUGAAGCCUUAAAAAGACUGGAGGAUUCGGGAGCCAUUCUCUACCUGCAUCCACAUUUAUGAUACAGAUCCAUCUCCAUUUUUCGUGGGGUCAUCUGUCUCAGCUCUUAAUGUGCCUUCUGUGGUUGGAUAUUUGAUUUUUUCUGAACGUGACAAUCCUGGCACCUUAUGUGUGUUUUUUUCCUAAAGUGAAAUAAUAGAGCGAUUUAACCGCUUUUCAAAUGUUUUUCUUUGGCAAUGUGGUUCAGCAUUUUUUUCUAAAGAAUC